AGAAACUGACGUUUGUCUCUUAUUGGAUAGCCUCGUUUUCUUGAUGACGAUGACGUUGAUGAGGAUUAUUACGAGACCAUUGAUGUGCCACAACAUCUCGCACCCGAAUUGUACCAGUACGAAUUCCCACCGAAAUCACGCUUGGAAGCGCUAGCCGAACUCGACAAGGAGGAUCCAUUUUCCUUCUUUGACGAAUCGUCCUUUACCACCGCAUCGACUUCCAGUGUGGUCUUUUCAUCUUUACGUGGAGAGGACAAUCACGGCGACGAUUUAUUCGAUGAUCUCGACUCUCUGCCGAAAAUCGAUGUCAGGGAACAUCUCGAUCGUUUCUUUGCGUCGACGCGAAACGUCGAUGAACCCUGGGGAUGUCACAGCGCCUACGAAACUGACAGUGUCGAUGACAUGCUUCGCGAACUGGAACAAGACAAGGCUCGGCAUGCCGAGUCGGAUUUUGUCGACGACGGCCGUUUAUCUCCCCUCCAACUCCCGCCUCAAAUCGUUCGUCGCUCGCAAAAUCCCUCUUACUUUGAUCGCCCCAUGACCCCCGAUUCUAUCGCUGCAGGUGAGUAUCGCGGUCGUGAACAAUCGUACGACUCGGUCAGUACCAUCCGGCCCAGCGAAUGUCUCGAACAACGCACUUCGGCCCCCUACGCAUCUGUCCAACGAUCCCUCCGAAAUUUGGAUCGUGUCGAUGAAGAAAGCGUUCACUGGAAAAAAGACGAUGGUUCGGUGUACCUUCCAGACAACGAUUCGGUGUACCAGGGUACAUCGCCUUGUCAUUAUUUGGAUGACGAGUCGGCACUUCCAAUUUUCCGCAGCGAGUCUGUGCUUUAUUUGGAAGAUGAUCAUGACAAUCACAGCGAUCUUAGUUCCACUUCCAAGGUGGUACUGAUGAAACUGCCUCGGAACAAGAAUAUCGCACCUACCCUUAUUCAGCGUUGCUCGACGCGUCAGACGUACGUGGGCAGUGAUGAAGGAUACGACGAUGAAGACGAGGAUGACUUGUACGGUCAUCACAAGGAAAUGCCGAUUGACUCGGAUUCUGUCUUUUUGCCGAUUUCCGAACAAGAUCAGUCUCCGCUCGUCUGUCGGGAUACAUUGCGAGAUUCGGCGGCUACGAAGAUCCAGGCCGUGUGGCGUGGUUACCAGUGUCGUAAGACAAGACCCAAUGUUUCCAAACUGGUCAUUGACCUUGUGCGCGUGUGUGACGGUAUUCAUCGGCGCCAUCUUCAUCAAACCGAUACCCGCGUUCGUCAACUGGAGGCCCGUCUACAAGAGGAAACCGCAAUGCGCGUGGCCUUUGAAAAGGCCAUGGAACAAAUGACGGUCCUCGUCGACCAACGGGAAAAGGUCUUGUACGAUCGAAUUGAACAAGAAGUUGCGAUGCGGGAAGCCUACGAACGUAAAAUGGAAUACACCUUGUCCCAAAUUCAGCCGCUUGAAUCGAACCUGAAAAGAGAAGUCAAAGCUCGUUAUGAAAUGGAAUCCAUGCUGUCGCGUGUCCUAGACCAAAUGCAAUCCAUUGAGAAUGCGCGUCAACAACAAGCCCAAGAUGAAGCCAAAGCAAGAAAUGUGAUGCAACGUCAACUCGACGAUGCUCUUUACCAACUGGCCGAACUGAAGAAACAGCGAAAACAACAGCAAGACACACCACCCGCCAAGAUCCGCGCUCAUGAAGUGGGCAACAAGAGCACCUUGUCCGUCGCUUCCUCUGUUCGUCCUCAUACCCCGAGCGCGGCGGCAAGGCCCGUGUCUCGUUUGACUGCUCGAUCCACUAACAAAGACGUCUCACCUCCUGCUACGACCGUUGCUCGACCUACCACAAGUAUGCGUCAUCGGCCUCUUCAGUCUACCACUGCCCGUUCCCUUGUUCAGCCCAAACCAUUGGCUUCUGCUACCACAGUGUCUACUCGCGCUUCUCGCGCUUCCCUGAGAUCGCCUCUGACCGUCCGUUCCACCGCCAGUCGUACAGAUAUCCGACAAGGUACCAUGUCCACUGUCAAGCGAACCACCGCCAUGGUCAGUAGCCGAGGUUAAUCCCCUCUUUGGUUUACUUGAUUAAAACGACAUACGCUUCUCCUUUCUUGUAUCCGAUCAUUCUCGAUUCCCAUGAUCCAUGGACUAUGCUGUUAAAUUUCAUUUUAUUUUUUCUCCGCGUUCGUUACUUCUUCAUCGUUGCAUGCCUUUUUUCAUCAUUUGUUAUUUUCUUCUUCAUCCAUUUAAUGUUUGUGUAUUUUUUUAUUUUGUUUUUCAAAAUGACCCCUUUUUUUUCUCUCUCUUUUGAUAAAAGAAAGAAAGAAGUACGAGUGACUAUGCAGUGCCUUAAAAGCUAUAUUCUCUUUAUUCUUCUUCCCUUAUUUUUCUCCCCCUCCUCCCGUUUUAUUAGUUUUAGUUAGACAUUUAUAGACAUUUAGACGAUGGCGAUUGAUUUUUCACCA